UGCACCGUUUUUUGACAGUAAAUUUGACAGUAUUCUGACAGUUUCAGUUUGUUGUAAGAAACAAAGCCAUUUAUUUACAAAUUUUACAAGUUACAUUUGCAAAAGACACUUUUGUAACAUAUAUACACACAAAAAACAUUGAUUACCGUGAUUAUUAGAGCCCGAUCAAUACGGAGAUGUCAAGAUACAAGUAAAAGGCGUGCUUUAAAGCUCUCAUCCUGCGACAAACGGCAGCAUCUUGCGUUUAAGUGAAAAUUAAUCAAAAAUGUUGGCUUCUACGAGGAGGACGCGAUGAAUUGGUUCAAUUGUUUCGCUUGCAAACAAAAAACGGUCGACAACGUAAAAUCGUUGGAUUUUAGCAGGACUUCGCUCAACGAAGUUCCUGGAGACAUAUUUCAAUAUGAACGAACGUUAGAAAAUUUGUAUUUGGAUGGAAAUAAGAUUAUUGAUUUACCAAGAACGUUGUUUCAAUGCGAAGAACUCCGUCACUUGGAUAUUAGCGACAAUGAAAUUCAAAAUAUACCGAAUUUAAUAUCAAAAUUGGUCAAUUUACAUACGUUGAAUGUAAGCCGUAAUUGUUUAAAAUAUACGGACGUUCCAAGCGCUAUUCACAGAUGUCAAAAAUUAGCGAUUUUCGAUAUAAGUACAAAUACUUUGGAGAAAGUGCCGGAAGGUUUAACGAGUUUAAUUAACCUUCGCGAGCUUUAUUUGAACGAUACUUAUAUAGAAUUUUUGCCGGCGAAUUUCGGGCGGCUUUGUAAUUUGAAAAUUUUGGAAUUACGCGACAAUAAUCUGACAACUUUGCCGAAAUCGCUGCGAAGGUUGUCUUCGUUGGUUCGACUUGAUUUGAGCAACAAUGAUUUUGCUGAGAUGCCGGAAGUAAUUGUGAGCAUGUUAAAUUUAAAAGAGCUUUGGAUAAAUGGAAAUUGUAUAUCAUCGUUGUGUCCGGGUAUUGGGAAUUUGCAGAAUCUGUUAGAUUUUGAUGCCUCUAAAAAUGAUAUUGAAAAGAUACCGCAAGAAAUUGGGCGUUGCGUGAAAUUAACAAAUCUUAUACUUAGUAAUAAUUUAUUGUCUGAAAUACCGGAAGUCAUUUCGAAUUUGAAGUUAAUUCAAACGUUGAAAUUGGAUUAUAAUUGUCUCGAUUCGUUGCCGUAUGGUUUGGGGGAAUUGGUCAAUUUAGAAGAGUUGGACGUCCAAAAUAAUCGCUUAACAUCUUUACCUAGCUCCAUUGGAUAUCUAAGAAAACUUAAUUAUUUUGUAGCUUCGCAUAACUUUUUAGUUUAUCUACCUCCAGAAAUAGGCAGUUGCGUCUCAUUAACCGUACUCAAUUUACACAACAACAUGCUUAAGAAAUUACCUGAAGAAAUUGGCCAUUUACAAAAUUUAACGUCUCUGGGUCUUAUUGGGAACAAAUUAGAAUAUUUACCAAUACCAGUAGCUAAUUUACCGCACUUACGAGCGUUAUGGUUAACACAAAAUCAAAGUCAUCCUUUAAUACCAUUACAAACGGAAAAACUUGAAGGAACCAAUCAACUAGUAUUAACAUGUUUCCUUUUGCCACAAAUCCAACAAAUUCGCGAAGAAAAAUUCCUGCCACCACAAAAUAUUUCCGUACCAAAACGUCACAUCGCAUUCUCCGAGCCAGGUAUACCGAAAGAACUUCCGGUGAGACUCACCCGCGCACCCACACCAUAUCCAAAAGAUUUCCAACGUUUUCAACGUUCGCUCAAUAAUCAAUUAAAACGUAACCGCGAAACCACCGGGAGUAUACCACAAAUUAAAGAGGCUAAAGUAACACCAAUGAAAGAAACGGGUGACGUUUACGACGAAGAAAUUGAUGACAAUCAUCAUUUAAAACCAGUUUUGGACAAUCAGAGGCACGGAUUUAACACUGAUAUAACAAGCUUAGAUGGUUCAGAUCAAUCGAAAGGUUCUUUGGAGUUGCAAGAAAAUUUAAGUUGUGUUGCCACCCAACCAAAACAACCACCACCAUAUCAUAUAGCAGCUGCAUAUUCGAAAAACGCGAAAUUAUUUAACAACUUAGAGGGUUUAAGUGGAGAUAAACCAAAAAACUUUACACAAGAAUUACCGCAGAAUGUCAAUGUAACGCAACCCACCCCGUAUAAUAAAAUUAAAGCGCAUGUUGAUGAAGGGUUUCUAAAAGAAUUAAACACGAGAUUAAUGAACGCUGAAGUUCAAAAAAAUAAUAUUAAUUGUGAAUCACAUCAGUGCAAUAUGAAACUAUUACGUGUUAAUUUAACACCUUGUUGUUAUGUAUUGGGAUUUUCUAUAACUUAUAAUGAAAAGGGUGUUUUUAUAAAUAAAGUGGAUGAGAAUGGGAAUGCGUUUAAAAAGUUGUUCCCAGGUGAUAAAAUAUUAAUGUUGGAUAAACAAGAUUUAACAAAAAUGGAACCCUGGCAGGCUUAUAAGACUGUAUUGAUACAAGGUCCUGAAACGGAAUCGUUCUUCAUAUCUCGAUACGAAGGGCACUAAUCGUUUAUAUGUGUACAAAUAAAAAUUAAAAAAGUAAAAUAAAAAAGUACGCUGUUUCGUGUGGCCAAUAUACAAUUUAAAACUAACUACAAAAAAAAAGAUAAAUAAAUCUCCUUGUCGAUGUUUUACACGUUUUAUGACACGUUUACUAAUUAUAUGUAGAGUUACUACUUAUUUCCCGAGGCUGUGAGUUUAACGUAAAUUUAAAUUAGUUUUUUGUAAAACGAGAAAACACGGAGGUAGCUUUGUAUGUAUAUAGAUGAGUUAUUUAUUGAACGUGAAACGUCUUUUUACAACUCGUUUUCUCUCUUUAUUUCUUUUAUCCUAAAAAGUAUUAAAAAUAUUUCAUUCUAAUAUUUUUGUAAUCGUUUUUAUUCUUCGUUUAUUAUGUAAACAUGUUUUAAAAAAAUUUUAAAUCUUUUUUUUUAAUGCCAUUUAAACUUUUGUAAUAAAAAAUUCCUUCUUCUGUAAUAAAGUCAAAUAUGAUCAUUUAAA